GCAUAAGGCUGACAACUGUAGAACAGUGAAAACGUCCAACCAUGAUUCCAUUGAUCGCUGUCCUGUUGGUAGCCUUGGUCGCUGAUGAAGCUCAUGGAGUCGGCCUAGGUGUUGGAGGAUUCGGCGGAUUCGGUGGUGGAUUUGGCGGGGCUGGUGGGCUCUUGAGUGCUGGAAACUACGCCAAUGGAUUCAGCCACUCCAACGGAUACAGUCAUGGAAACCACAUCCUGAAAAAAUUCGGAGGAGCUGGUGGGCUGAAACAUGGCCAUCUUAACGCGCACCUCCUGGGCAAACGAAGUGCUGAUCCUGAGCCAAUACUCGGACUUGGAGGCCUAUUCGGUGGAUUGGGUGGUGGAUACGGCGCGAAAGGUGGACUUUUGAGUGCUGGAAACUAUGCCAAUGGAUUCAGCCAUUCCAAGGGCUACAGUCAUGGAAGCCACAUUGGAGGAGGAUUCAAGAAAUUGGGAGGUCUUGGAGGCGGCCACCUCAAGAAGUUCUUCAUCGGGAAGCGAAGCGUCGACCAAGAGUCUGAGUCUGAAUAAGGAAUCCAGGUGGUCACUGGAAUAAGGAAUCCAGGCAAUUACUGGUAUAAGGAAUACAGUUGGUUACUGGAACACUACGGUCAAUGGAUGCUUAUGGAGAAGAAUGAGCCAUAUAUUAUAACCUGAUAAUAGUUAAUUACACUUCUUUUUAUGCACAUUAAUUACAUUUAUUAAAAUAUAUUUAUAGUUUUGCAGCAAA